AUGUCCGAGAAGGCAAAGCCUUUUGGAUUAGAAAUCAACUGGGACAAAACGAAAAUUCAGGCAAUUUCUCUGGGCGAUCCGCCACCUGCGUCUGUUUUUGUGCUGGGUAAUGACGUACUGAUUGGGGGUUCGUUUCCAUAUCUCGGCUUCCAAAUACACUCGUCAGGCAGUAGUGACGCUGAAAUUUCGCGUCGAAUCAUCAUUGUCCGCGCGUGUAUGAGGUUCCUUGAUUGUGGUAUAUGGCACUCGGGCAUUUCGGUGACGACCAAAGGUGAGGAGAAGAACACAGCAUCCCUCCGUUUCCUCACUUUUAUUCAGGUGUCGUCUAAACUUCUUUGGUCACAUAGCUUGUACCAGUCCUAUGGAGGAUCAUUACCGGGCUUUAAAAGCUGUCAUAGACCGACCGCCACCGGACUGGACUCGACCGUCAUAGAUUCGCUCAGUGGAAAAGAACCUGUCCCUUAUCAACUACGGUCCUUACUCGGCCUGGAGACUUGCUCAUGA